AUGUUGUCUUAUGUGCCCCCUCCAGAUGGGAUGGCGACCCAACAUAAGGGCACUGAAGGUUUAGCGAUUAACAAUACCGCCAUCAACCGCUUCAUGACGCUCCUGGCUCUGAAGACUACCGCGAGGCUCUACUCGCGCAGUGGCUCUUGCUUGCGUAUAUCGCCUCAUAAGGUUGUCAAGACGGAUCCCUGGGUCCACUUAACCGAAGCGGCAACUAUGAAGUUUGUCUCAGAGCAUACAUCCAUUCCUGUCCCCAAGGUUUAUUGCUCUUUUGUUCGGAAGAAUCGUGCUUAUAUCGUCAUGGAACGGAUGCGAGGCGAUGAAGCCCCAAAUGCCUGGGCAAAGCUAACGGAGGAAUCUCGUCAACAAUUGUUAAUUGACCUACAGCGCAUGAUUAAAGAGCUGCGAUCUCUCAAACCCAAGGGCAAUGGAGUCAGCAGCUGCGUGGGUGGCUCGCUUCGCGAUUCGCGCAUACCUAGGUCUCGCCCACGAUUCGGUCCUUUCAAGUCCGUCAAUGAGUUCCACCUCUGGCUGAGGGACUAUUUGCAACCAGCGGAACACUCAACUUGGGGCGACGAACAAGACUGGGAAGAGAUUAAAGAGAUGGCCCUCAAACAGGAUGGGCUAUGGCCUCUACCAGUAUUCACGCAUGGAGACCUGAACCCUUCUAACGUCCUAGUACGGGAUGGCAAGAUUAUAAGUAUCAUCGACUGGGAGUUUUCGGGCUGGUAUCCCCACUACUGGGAGUACACGUCUGUUUGGCUCGGCAACACUACAAGAACAGAAUGGCGAGACCGAGUUUGCGAGGUUCUCGACCAAUUUCCUGCUGAAUUGGGGAUGGAGAAGGUUCGGCACAGGUGGUGGGGAGAUUUCUGA